GUCGACACAACAACAAGAUUUAUCAUGGCUUUCAGGUUUGUCACUAUUUUGGCCUUAGUAGCCGCAGCAAACGCUGGUUUCAUCCCAGCAAAUUACCACGCGCCAUUAGCUUACGCUGCUCCAGCGGCUUACGCAGCUCCAGCGGCUUACGCAGCUCCAGCAGCCUACGUAGCUCCAACAUUAGCCAAAGUCGCUACACCUGUCUUGGCGAAAGCUUCCGAGGACUCUUAUGACCCUCACCCACAAUACAGCUUCAGCUACGACGUCCAGGAUUCCACAACCGGUGACUUCAAGAACCAAUACGAGACCCGCGACGGAGAUUCAGUCCAAGGUAGCUACAGCCUCCUCGAAUCUGAUGGAACACGCAGAACCGUCGAUUACACCGCAGACGCAAUCAACGGAUUCAACGCAGUCGUUCGCAAAGAACCCGGCCAAGUCGCUGUAAAAGCCGUGGCACCAAUUGCGAAAAUUGCGACUCCAGCUGUAGCCUACGGAGUACCAGCCAUCGCUAAAUUGGCCACUCCAGUCGCUGCGACCUACGCCGCACCCGCCUACGCUCCAGCUUACGCUAAAUUCGCUGUUCCAGCUCUGACCUACGGAGCACCAGCUGUCGCUAAAUUGGCCACUCCAAUUGCCGCUACCUACGCUGCGCCAAUUGCCAAGCUCGCUACCCCAGCCUUGACGUACGGAGCACCAGCUGUCGCCAAAUUGGCCACCCCAGUCGCCGCCUACGCACCGCACCCCUACAUCGCUCACGUCAGCUACUCAACCCCUCUGUUCUCUUACUCUCUGUCCGGUCUUGGAGCUGUCCUAAUUGCAGCUGGUGCGGGUGAGACCAGUCUUGCAGUUGGAAUUAUUUGGGCCUGCUUGAAGACAAACGGUGCAGAAAGUAGAGGAGCGGCUCUGAUUAAAGUUGCAGGUCUGAUAGCAACAGGAGCUCUGUACUGUGCUGCGAUAACCGGAGCAACUGGUGCAGAGACUAUCGGAGCAGAAGCUACCGGAGCGACAAUUUUAGCAGCCACAGGAGCAGCGGGAACAACUAUUGGUGCAGCGGGCACAGUUUUAGUGACAAUUGGCGCGACUGCCACAGCAGAAAUGGCUUUCAAAAUUUUCUUAUUUGCUGUGGUGAUAGCUGUAAGCUCUGUAAAGGCAGCAGUGGUACCAGUAGCACCAGCAGUUCCCGUUCCAGCGGCGCCCGUUUUGGCAAAAAUUGAGGACUUUGACGCUGCGCCGCAAUACAGUUUUGCUUACGAUGUUAAAGACUCGCUGACUGGUGACUCAAAGGCUCAAUACGAAACCCGUAACGGAGACGUUGUCCAAGGAAGCUACAGCUUAAUUGAAGCUGACGGAACCAGAAGAAUAGUUGACUACACUGCGGAUCCAGUAAAUGGAUUUAACGCUGUCGUAAAUCGCGAACCGGCUGUUGCCGUCGCUGCCCCUGUUGCUCCAGUCGCUGCUAAAGUUGUUGCUCCAGUUGCUGCUAGAUACGCUGCUCCAGUUGCAGCUCCAGUAGUUGCUGCUAGAUACGCUGCUCCAGUUGCAGCUCCAGUAGUUGCUGCUAGAUACGCUGCACCAGUUGCAGCUCCAGUUGUUGCUGCUAGAUACGCUGCUCCAGUUGCUGCUCCAGUAGUUGCUGCACCUUACACAUCUCCAUUUGUAGCAGCUCCAUACACUUUACCCCGAGCAGUCGCUGAUAGAUUCGCUACUCCAGUUUAUUCUUCUCCAUUAGUGGCGCAGAACACUAUACUUUAUUAAUUGUUGUUUUUGAAAUUUUUUUGUAUACUAAUUUGAGUUUUAUUUCUGUUAUUGAUUUUGUUUAAUCACUUUUUUGUUACAAAUAAAUGUUUAGCCAAUA